CUUAUUGUGUGUUGUUCCGUUUAUUGGAGUAAUUAAAGAUGAUGAUUAACAAUGCUGGUCGAUUGGCGAUCCCACUGAUCAGAAAGGAAAUCGUUUCUAAAAUUUUCGUCACCUCUAAUCAACCGUCGAUGAAAUUUUCUAGUAAUGUUAAUGAUGGUGGUGAAAAUAAAACUCGAAAACCGAUUGAAGAUCCAGAUCCAAAUACUCCUCUUGGAAGGUUGGACAGACAACCGAAAAAAGCUGAACCUUCGGUGACAAUUAAAGAUUCUAAGGCAACAAUUAAUGCCUAUGCUCCUUUUCCUGAUGGUACUAAUCCAGUUACCGGUGAGGUCGGUGGCCCAGUUGGACCUGAGCCGACAAGAUAUGGGGACUGGGAACGGAAAGGUCGAGUUACCGAUUUCUAAUCAACAAUCAAUAUUCAGGAUUAGUGUUUAUGGAUUGAAAUAUUUAUUAUCAAAUGCUACUGGAGGAUUAUAAUCAAGUGUGUGUCUCCUUUAAUUGUUUACUAUUCGUAUUUAUGUCAAGUGGAUAUUUACACCAGUGAGGAGAUUAAAAAAACAAGCACAUUCAAGUGUAAUCUUAAUCUAAUCAACUACAAUUUAA